AUGGCGGCAUCAAGUAGUACCUCCUCGUCGCGCAUUGUGGUAAUCGGUGUCGGCGGUGCAACCUGCUCUGGCAAGACGACGUUGGCCAAGCAUCUGCUCCAGAUCCUGAACCCAGCCAAUCACGGCGAAGGUAGCAGCAGCCAGGGCGGGAUCAGAGAUGCUUUCAUCCUGCAUCAAGACGACUUUGCGCCGCCAGAAGCGACCUUGCCGGUGAACGAGGAGUUUGGCGUCACCGACUGGGACCACCCCCCAACAGCCAUCGACUACAAGAGAAUGCACCGCACCAUCGAACACAUCAAGUCUACCGGCUCGUUCCCAUCGGAACACUCUUCGCACGAUCAUCUCAACUCCCAGCCAGACUGUCCCAUCUCCGAGUCUGUCUUCAACACGUGGAAGGGCAAAUUUGCAUCAAUAUCCUCAUCCAGCUCCUUUCCAGCGGACGGCGUGCGGUUGAUGCUGGCGGACGGCUUCUUGCUGUACUACGACCCCGAGGUGCGCUCGACGAUGGAAGUCAAGGUGUUUCUGCGCACACCGCGAGCGGUGCUCAAGCAGAGACGAGAAGAGCGAUUUGGCUACGCAACAGCAGAGGGCACCGUGUGGAAGGAUCCAGAGGGCUACUUUGACAACAUUGUCUGGCCGGCAUACGAGCUUGCGCACAAGGGCGUUUUUGUCAACCAGGACGUGGAGCAAGGAGAGCCGGUGCAACCCAAGGAUGGAGAGGCAUCGAUAGCAGGUGGACCGGUGACAGGGUUGACGGUGCUAGACGCGGAUCCGGCUCAAUUGGGUGUUAAACCAGAGGAGGAUACGAAGAACGAGUCGUUCUCCAAGGAGAUGACCCAGUUGGUGGAUCAGACGUGCGCGGCGAUAUGGAGCUUCCUCACCACCAAGCUUUAA